AUGCCAUCUCCCGCACAACUAUUGGCCAUGAAGCAUGCUGAGUCUGACGUUGAGGCUAAUGCUGACGUUCACGUCUUAAUUGCAGCUUCCAUACCAGUUGAUUCUACUUCUGCUGCUACACCACCGGCCUCUUCGACGAACUCUUCUUCUUCUAUGUCUUCUGCUAUUUCUUCUUCCACUGUUACUGAAGAAGAACCUGAAGAUCUAAAAGAACAGAACCACAGCAAACGUAUCUCCAUGGAUGAUGAAGAGGCAUUUCCUUCCUUAGGUUCCAGUGUCGGUGCCUCUGCUCCCCUCUCCUGGGGUCCUUCCUCUAAUGGAUCAAAAUCAUCUGCUGCCGCUGGUAAUAGUCUUUAUGCCAAAACUACUGCCUCGGCCUUUCCUUCUUUCCGUCAGGCUGUUAGAUCGUCCAAUACCCAGUUAACAUUCAUUGUUAAUGUUGACCAGCAACUCGACCUCUCAAAGGCAGAGAUCUUUAGGAUCUUUUCGAGAAUUAAGCAGGUUUAUGGUGUUAGCAUUGAGUCCACUCUCUCUACUGCUACCAGCAAGCGUACUUUCUUGCUAUCCGGUCCUGCUUCCAAUAUACAGGAUGCCAAACGUGACGUCUUGAAAAGGCUAACUAAGCCUGUCAAGAUCCAGUUUUCUGUUCCAUCUUCCCUUCGUGCUGCCAUUAUUGGUUCUCAAGGUAAAAACUUGAAGCCAAUCUUAGAGGCCACGAAGACAAAGAUUGAUAUCGAGCGUAAUAAUCCCGAAAGUUCUUCUUCUUUCAACGCUGUUGAUUCAGGUGCUGCUGACAAUACCAAGGAGGAAGAAGAAGAUGAGAUCUUUGGUAGGAUGCUUACUGCCACUAUAGAAGGUGAUAUUGCCGGUUGCAAUGAAGCAAAGGCUAGAAUUAUGGCUAUUGUCAAUGAGCAUACGAAGACGUUGAAUAUCCGUCUCAAUAUGGAUCCUGAGUUGAAACCUUUCCUUCGUGGUGCCCUUAAUGAAGUCAGCUUUGCUGAUGAUUUGGAUAUCACGUAUCCUGAUACAGAGACAGAGUCCUCCAGUCUUAUUCUAACUGGUUCUCGGGAAGCUGUUUUGGAUGCCAGAGAAAAAAUAAAGUCUGUAUUGGCAUUACUUCAAACUAAUUUGAUUAGCGAGGAGCAAAUUGUUCCAAAGUAUGUUCACUCCCUUUUGGAUCCUCAGAAGGUCUUCGAAAGUACUAACGUUAUAGUUAGAGUUCCAGACGAAGAUUCCGAUGUUCAGACUGUGACAUUUAUUGGUGCAAGAUCCAAUAUUCCUACUGCAGUUGCAUUUGCAAAGCAGUAUUGUGCCAGUUUCUUUGUUGAUUCUUUGGAUUUAGCUCGUUCCCACGGUGGUAAUUCGUUACAUGCCAAAUGUUUGACUGCUUAUUUUCUUUAUACGAAAUUCUUCGAAGAAUUGUCCUCAAAGUAUGACGUUAAAAUCCAUGCUCCAUCGUAUGCCUCCCUUGCCAAUGACGACAUUAAGACUGCAAUUUUAACUUUUGCCUCUUCUAAAGAAAAAAAGGACGUUCUUAAGCAGGUCCGUAAGGAAGUGGUUGAUGCUGUUAAUAAGAUGACUCCCAAUCUUGUUCGUGUCGAGUCGGAUAUUAAUUCAUUCGUCUUCGGUAAAAUUAAUAACUCUUUUGUUACCGAUAAUGGUGUCUCUAUUGUUCCCUUGGGAAAUCUUGCGGGCUUUGGUAAUAAGCUAAUCUUGAUUUUGCAACAGGGUGACAACGAGUUCUUGCCAUCCGACCAAGAAAUUCAACAAAAAUUGGACUCUGUUGAUUUGUCUUUGGAACCGCUUCGUAGUAUUUCCAAAACGGUUGUUUCCAAGGUGAUUCCAGUUGGCAACGAGGAUCAGGCUCACUUAGUCGGUAAGACGUUGGGAGUUCUUCUUGGCAAAUUUGAGUCAGGAAAUAUUGAAAUUAAGUUGCACCAGAAUGCCACGGGACCUUCCUCUGAUGAAAUAUUCUUACGUGGUUUUGAUAAGGAUAUUGAGAACGCCAUCUCUGAUAUCAGCCAAGCUAUUGAGGAUGUGAAAAACUACGAGGAGGCUUGUAAGUAUAAUACUUCUGUUGACUUCCCAAGUAACCUCCUUUCAAGGCUUAUCGGUCACAAUGGUAAGCAUUUGGACCAACUCCGAGAGGACUUUGAUGUGAAAAUCGAUGUUCUCGAUGAGGGAUCGAGGUCCGAGGAGCAGAAUACCACAACUCCAGUGCAGGUCACAGGUCUCAAAAGCAAUGCCGAUGAAUGCAUCAAGCAUCUCUCUCGGCUCACUAAGAAGUGGAGUGACGAGAAAACUGUUGUGAUGAAAAUCGACCCCAAAUUUCAUCGUCGUUUGAUCGGUCCCGGUGGAGUUUACGUGAACCGUUUGCAAGAUCGUUACAACGUCAAUGUUAGAUUCCCACAUGAAAAGGACAAGGAUCAUAAAGAUGAAGUUGUUAUUCGGGGACCAACAAAGGGUGUUACCAAGGCUGCUGAAGAGAUGAAAGAGUUGUUACAAUAUGAGCAAGAGAAUGGUUACACUGAAAAGAUUAAAGUACCUGCAGAAGUUCUUUCUAGGGUUAUCGGUAGAAAUGGAGAACACAUCAAAGAUAUCUCUGCUGAUGCAGGUGUCACUAUUAAUAAUAUGAAGACAACGCACGAACAGGAAAAGAAGCAGGGCUUUGCUGAGUUUGAAAUUAUUGGUUCCCGUAGUGCGAUCAAAAAGGCUAAGGAGAGUAUCGGUGCCAUUGUUGACAAAGUGGAAAAUUACACCACUGAGAUCAUAAAUGUUGAUCGGAAAUGGCACAGAUUUUUGAUUGGCCCUAGGGGAUCAAUCAAACGGCAGAUCAUCCUCGAGGCAGGCGGAUCUGACGAUAACAGGUCAGAGUUUAGAAAAUUCUUGCAGGUUCCCGACAAAGAUUCUGACUCCGAUCAAGUUAUCUGCUCUGGUGACAGGUUAACAGUUGAUAAAAUCGUGAAGGAAAUUAAGAGAAUUGUGUCUGAGCAGGAAAGUGUUGUUACAAAGGUUGUGGUGAUCCCUAAGAAGAAGCACAGAUUGCUUAUUGGACCCGGAGGAUCUGUUCGUCGUUCAUUGGAAGAGGAGUACAAAGUUAACGUAACAAUUCCCCGAGUGAGCGUGGAUUCAGAUGAGGUUCAGAUUAGAGGUUCUUCCGAUCAGAUUGCCAAGGUUAUUUCCCAAAUAGAUCACCUUGUCGAAUGA